AUGUCGGAAAAGCUCGAGGUGGAGGAGUUGCGAGCACAGCUAGAGCUCCGCGGCCUCGAAUCCACCGGCACCAAGCGGACCCUCGUGAGCACUCAUCUGAUCUUAUUCUCUCACUCUUGCUCUGUACCCUCCAAGUGAUUUCUCCUGCACCGAUGUAUGGCCUGUCGCCUGUUGACUUUGCAGGUUCGGAGGCUGGAUGCGGCUCUGAGCAAGGAAGAAGAGAAAGUAUCCAGGGAGGCGCUGCUCCCGGAAUCUUCCGUUGGGAGUAAGAGGAAGACGAGGAGUUCCGAUGGAGGGGAGGCGGAGAGGGUUGAUGAUGUCGACAUUAUCCGGAAGAUGGGGAUUCGUGAAUUGCGUGAGCAGGCCGCAAUGCGUGGAAUUCCUACGAACGGGUUGAAGGGAGAACUCGUAGAGAGACUUUCCGCCCAUGUGGAUAAGGAUGGAAAAGAUUUGCAUGAAGGUGUGAGCAUUUUGUUAGACUCUGUACUGUACUGUCUUUUCCAUAGAUAUUUUUGCUACCACGAAAAUUUGGCUUUUAUGUUGACUUCUUGUCCGAUCAUCAUUAGAACUUGCCGUGACUGAGGAGAAACUGGUGACGGCAACAAAGAAAGGCAAUGCGGUUCUAGACCAGUGGCUUCCUGAGCAUAUAAAGUCGAGCUACCAUGUUUUACAGAAAGUACGGUAUCAUUCCUCCCCUUUCCUGUGUUUCUAGUUAACGUUUGACGUCAUCAUUCAAUCAGGAUCGGAUUCGGGUUUCUUUGCCGCUAUGAAUGCUGUUGCCGUUCUUUGCUUACUUUAAUGUCUGAGCGGAGGUACCGUGGCUGUUUCGUUUUCUUUGUCGCCUUACCACCAGAGCCUUUUAUCGUGUUCUAUAAAACUAGAGGUGGAGUACAUUUGAUUAAAAGAUUGUUGUAUCGAUGAAUUCUGCUAGAUUUAUGAAUAAUCGCGGUUGACAUUGAAAUGUUUGUUAGAGGUGGCUUCAAAUGAAGAUAUUAUAAAUCUCCUCAGACUAAUAACGCUUCUGAAACUUCAUACCAAUUUGCAUUACUUUUAUGUGACCGAAAGUGUGGUGUGCACAAAGUGCCAAAAUCCUGCUCCUUUCUUUAAAAAAAAAAUUUGAUUCCAUGUGCAAGGUGCAUCAAAGUAACAUGAUUACACGGAUUAAUGUUCGGCAGAGAGAAAUAGUGAGGGAAAAGGGGGGGGGGGGAGAGUAAGUUCUGGAGGUAAUGAGGGAGGGAACUGAAGAAGGAGAAUAAGGAUGUGGGAGAGUGCAAAGGGGGUAAGUUUGCAAUAAAGAGACCGAUGAAAUGGAGCCUGGGGUGUAGAAGAUGGACAUAGAAACAGGAAAAAGGAAGUGAGGGAGCAAUGCAAAAGUGAAUACUGAGAACUGGAAAGUGUCACAGGUGAGAAAGGGAGAAAAAAAUGAUUGCUGAGUGAGGUGAAGUUGGAAAGAACGCAGAGGGGAGUGACUGUGAAGGUUGAAGUAGAGAGAGGGUAUGGGAAGGAAGAAUAAAAGAGGGUGAAAAGUGAAGUAAGGGGGAUCAGUGGAUACUGGCAUCAGGGAAAAAUAAUGAGUGAGGGAUUCUAGGAGGGUGGCAGCUGAAAAUCAAAGUUACCAUUUUGCUCGCUGCAUGCACUUGCAUUGAGAAGGCGGUGGUUCCUUUUCCACUGAACUGAAACUAUUCUAGCAUGUGAUAGAAAGUCGGGUUCUCAGGUGAAAGAGUGAGGGAAAAACCUUAAGGUCAACGAGACAGAGGCUACCUUGUAGAAUUCACUUUGUAGAGUUACAACAUCCACAUUAAGUACUCUGGUAUAAGCUUGAAUCAUUUCUAACACACAUAUAUAUAUAUGUCGCAUUACUACAUAUGUGAUGUUGACAUUGCACCAUCACGCUCUUGAAACAACAUGAUCCAGCUAGCAUUGAGUUGUGUUGUCCAGUGCUUCAUGAUAUGUAACAGUGGAAGAAGGCUUCUCCCUCCAACCUUUUUGCCUGUAAAGAAAAAGAUAAUGGUGCAUUUGAAAAGUGUGUUUUACAUACAAUAGUUUUAAAACGAGGGUUAGUGAAAAUUGACGAGCAAUGGUUGAAGCUUUAGAGCUCUUUGAAUAUUUUCCUUGGUUUUUACCCUCGAUGAUCAAGUCAUGGGUACUCGGGGCAAAAUUUUGGACCAUAUGAUGAGCCUAACCCAUUGUGGAACUUGACCAUUUUAAGUUAUUUUCAAGUUUUCUUAAAAUUAUGCUUAAUUUUCUUUUUGACAUCUUGUGAAAAAUAAGGAAUUUAAUUUAAAAAAUAUUUGAAGUGGGGAUGUUAUCAAUGACUUCUCGAAGAACUAUAGUUUCCUACGUUAUGCCAUUAUAAUUAUGUUCUCUUUAUGUUCUUUUUUGGUGAUAAAUAUUAUUUCCACCUUUAAGAUCCGUCUUUGUUACUUCAAGAAGAUCUUUCAAUUGCAGACACUCUAACUUUCUCUUCACCUCAUGAACCACAGGGGAAGGAAAUCUAUGAUGCGAUUCUGAAUCAGACAAAUGUUGGGGACAACAAUAAUAAGUUUUAUGCUAUCCAAGUUCUUGGUUUGUACUUUGAACAUCAUCUAUUGGAAGCCAUCCGUUUUUUUCAACUUUCUUUCUGAUUCUUUAUAUAUAUAUAUACAUAUAUAUAUAUAUAUAUAUAUAUUACUCUGCUGCGCAUUUUUCUUGUAGUUAUUCUCCAAAAAGCCUUAUAACUCUGACAUGCAUACAUUCGAUUGAUUUCUUUCAUCUCUGAUAGCUGAGUGUAAUUUGGUUCAUCAUAGAUCCAUGCAAUUUCUAGUUAUUUUCUUUUGAUAUCAGAUUACUUUGGACUAAAAUUUCGUCUAUCUUCACUAGUUUAUCUGCCUACUUUCCUUUACCUAUGUGCCAUAUCUGUUGCAUUUUUCUUCUUUGGACAAAAUCAUGAACAUGUAAUAUUUGGCGCAAGAACUCAGACAUCUUAGCAAAAACAUUGAGUUUUUAGAGGAGGGGGAAGUAGGCUUGUUGCAGCUUGUGAAGCUGCUUCCUAUCAUUUUAUUGAAUUUUUUUAAAGAACUUAUACCUCUUGGACGCCAGUGUUUUGGAACCUCUAUGAAGAGUUGGUGUACGUUGCUUUGACUUUUCUUAUUCUUUUAUUCUAUCAUUUUUCUUAACUCCAUAUAUAUGGCAUGGCAAUCAAUUCUAGGACCUUUUUCCUUCCUUUUCAUUUAAGUUUACUUAUUAACUAUUAUUAAUCACUGUAAUUAUGUUGCCUAUGCAGAAUCAGAUGAUGGUGGUAAGUACAUGGUUUACAACAGAUGGGGCAGAGUUGGCAUAAAAGGGCAAGACAAGUUGUUUGGUCCCUUUUUGUCCCGAGAAACUGCAAUAAAUGACUUUGAAAUGAAAUUCUUUGCCAAAACAAAAAACCAAUGGUCUAAUCGGAGAGAUUUCAUUUCCUACCCAAAGCACUAUACGUGGUUGGAAAUGGACUAUAAUGAGGCAAAUGAACAUACAGUUAUGUCUUCUUCGCAUUCUUCUUUGGUUUGUUCGAAAAAUUUGUCCAGAUAAAUGGCAGAAUUAUGUUUAUCUGAAGGCUUUUUUUUGGCAGGAAAAAAGUAAAACAGAUGAUACUGUAAUUACUACUCAGCUUCGGGAGACGAAACUUGAUCUGCGCACUGCAGACUUCAUGUCACUGAUAUGCAAUAUCAGCAUGAUGAAGCAACAAAUGGUAGAGAUUGGUCAGUGAUAUGUGCUUAAAUUUUGUUAAAAAUUGUUAAAAUGCAAAACUUAAGAAGUGAUAGAAAGUUUUACCAUGUAUGCCUGCUAUAUCGUUGAGAUUUUAACUUUCGUUUUGAUUAAUUCUUUGGUUGCCAUUAUCUUUCUUACUCUAAUUUAUUUUCAGGGUAUAACGCUGAAAAGUUGCCCCUAGGUAAAAUUAGCCGAUCAACAAUUUUGAAGGUGAGACUUUUUUUGGCUUAACGCUAGUGAAGUUCUCUGUGAUUUUUCAUAUUUUAUCGCAAAUUGACUUUGAAAUGUUAAAAAAUCAUGAAGAACACGGGUAUGGAAUUUUCAUUAUGUGAAAAUGAAGAUUGCUAAAUUUACAAUCCUUCUCGGUAAUCUGAGGAACCAAGUUAGGUUGAUAGGUAUUGGUUGAAUGUGCGUAGUACAUGUUCAUCAUUUGCUUUGGAAUUCUAAAACUGGAUGUUCUUUACGCAUAGAUUUUUAUGUUUCUUAGUUUCUAUGCAAAAUACGAAUAUUAAGUUAAAAUGCUAUAGGUGAUUAAUUAGAUUAAUAGUUUCUGAUUGAAGGUACAGCAAAUUAUGGGAAAUGCAGAGGAAUAAGAAAUAUAUUACUUAAAAAUUGAAAAUUUCUUAAACUGACAAAUUGAAAUUAUCAGGAGAAGUUCUAAUUUACGCAUUUUGUAUCAUAAAGACCCCUGUGAUGUCAGGUGAGCUUCUUGUGAUUUUUUUAAUCUAGUAAAAAUACGUAGUCAUGUUCCCAACAUGAUCACGCAGGCAAUCCCCAUGUGUCUAAUGUCUUGGGAACACAAGAAAGGUAAUUAUGAUCUUGCAAUUUAGCUUGAGUUGAACUGGAUCAGUAAAAUCAAGAUAAAAACUCAUCUGCUGGAAAUUUUCAUGCAUGCGGAUGAAGGAAAAUACAUUUAUCUUCUGUUUAAUUCUGUAGAUAGGUACUGUUGUUUACUAUCUUUGGUUGACUUGGUUGGUUUAAAUGAAAAAAUAUGGAAUAAGUGUAAAUAUCUUUGUUUACUAUACUGUUAUUUUUCCUAGGUGUGAUAAAUCUCGGCUUGAGGGGUGUGUGGAAAAAGUGUAUUAUUAAGGGUUAGGUCGUUGCUCAGUUUUCUAUGUUGGUUGGGUUUUUGGCCAGUUUCGUAUGUUGGUUAGGUUAUUGGGCUGUUACGGUGUCCUAAUUUAGCAGGGUAUCGUAUGAAUCGUGGGAUUUAACCUAGGUAGUUUUCCUUUUUUGAGGCCGUGGCAACUGUAUAUAACCAGCCAUUGUUCUAUGAAUUGGUAUGACAGAAAUUUUACCCGACUCUUUAGUCUUGUUUGGUUUGUGUUAGUCUCCGAUCAGUGGAUGACCUACUGAGUUAUGGAGUUGCAGCUAAUUGCAUUCCUUUUUAUCCUUUUUUGUCAAAUUUUGAUUGGUGAACCCUGAAGAAAAACGAGAAUUUUCCUUUUUGGAUAGUUCCAAAAGGGCAUGAAGCUGUACAUGGAGAUUGAUGACAAAGAACUGUUGGCAGGGUAAAUGUCCUAUAACUUUUUGGUGUAAAAUGCCAAAUGCUAAUCUUCUCCAUCAUUUUCUAAACAUGUUCCACAUAACUGGAAAAUUACUUCCUAGUGCUUAAGUCCAACCGUCGUAUUACAAUCAAGAUAACUGUCUUUACUGUUUUCAAUUUAGUUACCUGUAGGCAUCUGUUAUAAUUCCGAUGUCGCAUGAGAGGUUCUGCAGUACAAUUUGUGCGACGGUAAUCAUUCUGUUUUUGUGGGCAUACUGCUGGAUGUGUUUUUUUCUCAAUGUUUCUUUGUCGGAUAAAAAAACUGACUUUUCCGUUAUUAGAAAUGGCUAACCAUCUAUGAGUAAAUAUAUUAGAUGCAAAUGAGGAACCCAGGAUUGGGAUGCCAAGGACUGGAAAAUAGAGAUAGAAGAUACCAAAGAAUGGGCGAGUUGGGAUCCGGCCGGAUACUAGCGCCAGAUCAUGGUGACUUUUCAAGAAGGCCACCAUCUCGCCUUCCAUUUGUCCCUCCUGAAUCCCCCCUCUUCCCUCCUAUUGAAAUUACUUAAGAGCCCUUAGGUUGUUGCUCCUCUCUCUAUGGCUUGAAAUUAGGCCCGUUUGUCCCCUUAUGGGCUAACAUUGUCUAUUUCAUCUUCCUGUCUAGACCAGGCCCAUUGGGUCCGAUGGUGUCUAAUACUGAUACGAUCCCCUUCUCUCCUCUUCUGCAAAGAAGGGAAAACGAACAAUGUAUUUAAAGAAAACAGAGAAAACAAUGAACAGACGGGAAUUAGUUCGAGAGAAUUCCCCACUCUCCCUUUCCUCUCGUGACCUUCUACCACAAUACCCACUCUUAUUCACAGAGGAGGGUAUUUAUAUUGUUCAGCACGUUCGUAUCCCAUUGUUUACUACAGAAGCUUUUAGACUAUUCUCUUAUGGUGAGCAUAUCUUUAGUGGUACUGUAUCAAAUACAUUUUCUUCCCCCGAGAUUCCUUCAAAUUGUAUAGUUUCUGUUCUUGCUUAUGAAUUGUACUUACAGUCUAACGCCUUCCUGCUCAAAUUUUAUUGAUCGUAUCGUAAUUCUUUUGAAGCAAAAAUGAGUAGCAUUAGUAUCGUUUUUCGCUGAUAAUUUGUCUUAUUUUACCUUUUACAAACCAACUACCUAUUGCUGAUGUAUUCGUCAUUUCUAUUUGUAUGUCAGUUCUGUUGUUUCUGUUACUUUUUACAAAAUCUCAUGCACCAGCUGGAUCUCACAUAUGUUAUUUCUUUAAGUGGAUCAGGGCUAUGAUGUUCUGAGGAAGAUUUCAAAUGUCAUUGGUAAAUCUGAUAGGAAAGAACUUGAACGACUAAGUGGGUAAGGAUCGGCUUAAAUAUAAACUUGAUUGGUGUUUUUCAUUUUGGUUACUGCCACACGUACAAUGAGUUGCUGUCUACGUAGGCAACUAAUUUUCAAAUUAGUUGAUUCUGACCGGUCUUAAUUAGUGAAUGAUAACUGCAUGUAUGAGCUAUUAAAUAAAUAUAAGAUUGAAUAAGUUUUCUAGACUGAAGACUCUUUGGAGCAUGGCAUCUUAAUGAUCCCUAUCUGUGGCAAAAUGUCUACCACGUCUAAUGAUUGUCAUUUAUACAUUGCAUGUAACGAUGAAAAUAUAUCUGUUUAUAAAUAUGAUACUACAAAAUUCAGCGUCAUAUGAUUUUUAUUCUUUAUCACACUCAUCUAUCUUCUUCAAAGUGCUCACUCCUGGUGUCUUCAAUUCAUUUAUCACCCUCAGUUAUAAUCUUUCAUUAUUUCUUUCUUAUGCAGAGAAUUCUACACAGUGAUUCCUCACAACUUUGGCUUCAAGAAGAUGUGUAUGCAUACAAACAAGUUCAUUCGAUUGAAGUUUCUCUUUAUUCUAAACUGUUUCCAUUUGAUGCUACUAAUGUGUGCUUACAGCCCAAUUCAUCAUUGACACUCCCUAUAAAUUGAAGUGCAAGCUGGAGAUGGUAAAUACUUCUGCGCUUAGAUGCUUUUGUUUCUUUCCCACUGUUGAAUUCAUUCAAUUGACGAUUGAUUCAUCGAAAUAAACUUGUUUGUGUGUGUAUUAAAGCAGGACUCUUGCUUUACUACCUCCAUUAGAGCUAGUUUUUUGUUGACCAGCAUUUUACCGAAUGGAGAGUUUAUCUUUCAGUGCAUAAGAAAAUUUGUUUCUUGUUUAUUUACUCCAAUGCUAGUGUUCACAUAGAAGUUACUUCAAUCAUUUACUGUCUUUUUUGGGAGAAGGGAUGUUAUGAUGGUUUUAGCUUUAAUAUGCGUUUCAUUGUGCUUUUGAGAUCUGGUUUUGUAUUGAGUUCUGAUCCUUAAUUUAAAUGUAGAAAAGGGUUACUUUAUUAAAGUAAAAAAUACAUAGUGGGUGUUAGAAUGGAAUUGUUUGAAUCAGGAUCGCCAUAUUUAAGUAGCAUGUCUCGUAUGCCUUUUGUAAUGCCCUUUCUAGGGUAACGAGCCAAUUGAUUUUGAGAGUGAGUACGGAUCCUCAGCCAAUCCUGCAUUGAUUUCCUAAAAUUUUGUGCAAUAGCCACAGUUUCUUGUGGCUUGCACUCGAUGCUUGUGUAAGUGGAUAUUAAUGUAGUUGAAACUGUGAGAUAGUCAGAUACAUCAAAAAAAGACCUCUAGUGUGCUGCACUCAUGAAUCGAAAUACAUCUUGCCUGCAGAUGAACUUGCAUCAGAAUAUCUAGGAAAUAUAUUUCAACAAAAAUAUUUUUAAAGACCUAGGUAGUCUGUUAUGUGAGCGUGAGGCAGUAGCAUGUCGGAAAAAUUGUAACAACGUAACAAUUGAUUGGAGCACUGAUAAUAGGAAGUAAAAAUAAUGUUUCUCUACAUGUCGAGAGUAAUAUGGACAGGUAACUAGUUGUAAAUUUAUGAUGUCAAUUACCCCUAUGAAUUGGUAUGAGUCGUGGAUUAUUCUGUCAGUAGUUGAGAGAAAUGGUAUUAAUCUAUUGUCAAAUAUGAUUCCCAUUUAGAGUCGUUCUCCUCAAAUAUUUUGAAGGCGUUUAAACUCAUUAGUUAUACUUCAAAUUUAUGAAAUAAUCCUGGUUUUGAAGUUUACUUUACUACUGGACGAUGUAUUUACAUCAUUAGAGGUAGAGCCAUCAGAUAGAAGUUUAAAUUAUUACAUAUCCUAUUUAUAAAUCAAUCUUGAGUAUACCUGUGUAAAUUUUCUGAUCUAAUCGGAAAAAUCUGUAUAAACAAUCAUUGAAUGAAUAUCGUUGCUAUCAGUUUCCCUUUUAUUUGGUCCAAAUCUUUGGUCCAGCCUGUUUUUCAGAAAUGGACAACAGCAUGGAAAAAUUGAGUAAACACGUGCUCCACUUUUCAGUGAGAGAGUACCUAAGCUUUGCUCUUUUCUUUUCUCUGGGUUGAGCAUGUUUUGAACAUUAGGACUGUUGUCAGCCUCAUGUUCUCGUGCCUAAUAUCUGCUUCAGAUUUUGUGGAAUAUCUUCUUCAUAUGUGUUUCCCUGAUCAAAUCGAUGACACAUGCACACAAACAUUUCAGACUCACUCAAAUGCAGUCUAUUGUCUCAAACAUACAAUUAAAUAAAGGGUUUCCUCUCUGACUUCCCCCCUCUCGUUUCCCAAGCAUUUUACUUUAACUGCGUUUUACACUCUGUAACAGGGCUUCAUUCACAGACAACCCACACCUACACAAGAAGCAUGCACAUCUACGCCAAUAGUCACUGCCCUAGACCUUUAACGUGGAUGAAUUUCCCCUUGUAAGAAGUAACUCUAAAUCUAGAAAGCACUUAGAACAUCAAUGACAAAGUUAACGAAAAGAAUCAUAGGAUUAGUAAAUCAUUACCGCAUUAAUCACAUAGUUGAGGGGAAUGGGAAUCCCAAAAAUAUUAGUUGAUGGUGAUGGUGUAAUCCAGUGACGGAAAGGCAUCUCCAUCCAUAUGACCUACAGGGUGCGAGGAUGCAACUAGACCGGUUCCUCCAAAGAAGGUGGUUCAUUCAAAUCAUUAUCAAUGAUUUUCAUAAUUUGAUACUGCUAUCGACCAAAGACUAUACUCAUUGUGUGGAGCAUAACUGGUGAGUUUUUGGGCUUCACUUCCCUGAUUCUUCCCCUGUUAUGGCCUAUCGGAAGUAUGUAGAUGAUGACUGGGGCCAUGAGAGUGGAGACAGAACUUUGUAGAGGAUCUACUAUGUAAGAGGAUUUAUUGGAGAGGAUACCCCCUCCUAUUUGUCUUCUUGUUUUUCCCCAUAGAGGGUAGAGGAAGCCAGGUUUGGCGUGUGAUCAGUUUUUCAUUUUUAUUUUCAUCCUUAAAGCUACAUUCCACUUUUUUUUUUAUUCAUUUCUUUUUUGGAAACGAUCCAUGAAUCAUGUAACUUUCAGCCUUAUUGGUAUAUUACCAAUCAUGUCUCUUGAAAAAAACAAAUUGCAUCUUUAACACUCAUCCAAUGAAUUCAUGGCGUUGACUGGGGUUUAAGAUCAAUGGGAAUGAUUUGUAUCAUACUCGGUUGCUCCAUAUUGAGUUUGCUUGUAUUGACCAACUGGAUUUGAUUGAUUGAUCCUUUUAUGUUUUCUUGAAGGUUGAAGCCCUAGGUGAAAUUGAGAUUGCCUCUAAAAUUUUGAAGGAUGAUAUCAACUCUUUGGUAUUCUUGCUACUUAACCUGUUUCCUUUAACAGCAUUUGGAGUCUUAGAAGAAUAUGUUUCCACAUGAUUAGGUUAAGGACAUGUAUGGUUAGGUUCCAUUUGUAUACUUGGUGGAAUUUGGCAUAUCUUAACCAAUUUCGAAUGUCUUCGUUUAAUAAGCAGAAAUAUUUUUCAUUUAUAUUUUCUUCUGACUUAAAUGUUGCACAAUCAUUCUCCAUUCUGUCUUUCAGCAUGUCUAGUCAGUUGCCCAUAAGCUUGUUUUUUGGUGAAGUCUAGUUUUCAUGUUGAUUUGCUUAAUUUAGUAAUAUAGUAUUCUGGUCUCAUGGUACUGGCAGUCAUAAUUUUUUUCUCCAUAGUGUGGUCUCUUUCGGUUGUAUUUAAUUGGACUUGAUUCUUUCCAUGAUAGCACAUCUACACCCCUAAAAGGAAAAAAAAAUCCCUUUGUCUUCAACCAUACUUUUCAAAUUUGUGUGCCCAUUAAUAUGAUUGAGUCGUUCAGAUAAGAGUGCUAGGCUUUACUUGAAGAGAUAGAAGGAAUAUGUACAAUACGUGCAAAGUCUGAAAAAGUACCACAUGAAUAUUCUACAAUAGUAGUUAUUGAAGAAUCAAUACAUUUCCUCCUAUCCUCUUUCCAAUUUACCUCAUCUUGUCAAGGUUAUUAUUUGGUGCAUGGUUUCACCACAUGUUGCAUGCGUUAGACUAGGACCAGUUAUUCGUUUUUUGCCUGCAAGCAAAAGCCCUUUGUGUAAAGUUUUACAGCAUAACGGUGUACUUUGGCAUCAGACUAAGGAGAGCGUUUACCUUUUAUAAUGUUUUUAGUCCAAAUGAACUUCUAGAUCUUCUUUAUUCCAAUUUUAAGAUCUUCACGAUGACAAUGAGGUAUGGUUACGUUUUUUUAGUGGCAUCAUCAUCGUGUGAAACUUCAUUUCUUCUGUACCAUUAAGAACCCAGAGCUUUCAUCAGUUUCUGGCUUUGGAGUUUCAUUUGGAAUCUCGUUUUCUUAGUCUUUUGAAGCCUUUGCGACAUUCUUGUGUUAGGAGAGAACCCUUUAUUUGGAAAAUUUUGCAUUGUCUUAUGAGGUUGUAUAAUUUGAGAGUUCAUUCUUCCCCCACCCCCCUUUUCUCUUUUUGGAUAGACGAAAAUGGAUGGAUGGAUGGAUGAAUUCAUUUCGUCAAAUGUAGAUAUGAUUUUUUUUUCAUUUUUAUAAACUACUCAUUGUUACUUCUUUCUUGGAAAAACACAUUUUCAAAGUUUUCCUCCAUUAACUUUUUCAUCAGUUUUCCUAUUAUUUUCUGAAGCACUUCUCAGUUUCUUUCAUUUCAUUUUAUUUUCCAGUCAUGCAGGUUUUAUUAUUCUUGUUUCGCCAGAAUGUUAAAUAAAUUCCCAUACUUUCUGUGCAGCUCUGUUAGCUUAUUCUUUGAUAUGUUCUUAGUCAUAAUGCUUAUGUUUCUUAACUUCAUUUAUUUAUCUAUAAUCUUCUUUUAAGCUGCUCACUUUUUUUUGUUUUGGUGCUUUAGGAUGAUCCUUUGUUUUGGCAUUAUCAACAACUCCACUGUGAAAUGACACCACUAGAAGUUGAUUCCAAGGAAUUCUUAAUGGUAUCCAUUUUUCGGGCAUUUGUCUUUAUUUCCAAAAGCCUGUGUUAGGGAAAGGGAAGAAUGGGUUUGGGGGGUUGUGCCAGCUUCUGUAUGGAGGGGUUCUGGUAGCCUUUCAGGUGGUCAUGAAUUCGAAAAUAGAGAAUGCUCGUUGCAGAGGGUUUGAAUAAACCAGUUCUACAUGAUUUAGUGGAUGAUAGAAUUAUUUAAUUUCUGCUUAGAUAUGAUAAAAGGAUAAUGCAAACUUGCAGUAGCCAACUAUAAUUAGAAAUGAUUUUCCCACGAGAGAAGUCACAGGAGUCAAGUGAAUGGGUAACAUGUCGACUUUUGACUAACUCUAUGAGCUUAAACCAUCACUAUUGCUCGAUUGUUGGAAUAUUUCUCUUCCUCUGGUACCCAGUGCUCAUGAGGGACAAUCUUAAAUUUUCUUCUGUAGAAUAUAGGUCCCACGUGGGUUAGCAUUUUCUGAUCUUAGCUUUCAAAAACGUAAGCACAUUUUCUUUAAAUUGGAGGAAACAGCUGCAUGAAAAAAUCGACAUGGAAAAUCUUUUUUCCCUUCCAAACAGUUUUCUUUCCAUCAUUUUGAUAGCAGUCUCUCUUACUCCUCUCAUCAUGCUACGACUACAUAUGAUGGUUUGAAAAUAUUUAUCAACUAUCCGUUUAGUUGAAGUGGACAAAGUCAUUUGGAAAGUCAUUUGGAGUACUAAUAAUGGAUCUUCUAGGGAAAAUUUGGGAGGCUCGAAUGAAAGGAUAUGCGAGUUCCUAAAUCCCAGCUUUUCGCAGAAAAGGGACCACGGAAACAGAAACAGUUCAGAGUGGGCGAACACCAGAAAAACCCUGUGUUUUGAAUCUUCUUCAGUGCAAUAUUAUUCCUGUGGAUUGUAUUUUUUUUUAGUUUCAAAUUUUAAGAUAAUAUAUGUUGGAUGAUAAUAUCAUCUGGGAUUUUCUUUCGUUUUCAGAUAGAGAAGUAUAUCCUGAACACUCAUGCCAAAACGCAUUCAAAUUAUACAGUCGACAUUGUGCACAUAUUUAAGGUUGCAAGGCUGGGCGAAAUUGAGCGUUUUAAAAAGGUGGAAAUAUGAGAAUGACCUUGACUCAUUUAACUAAUACAGUUACACUAUUAAUUUUUCAGUAAUUCGAGCGAUUUUUUAUUGCGUCGUUAUUCUUUUUUUCUGUGCAGUUUGCCAUGACGAAAAACAGGAUGCUUCUCUGGCAUGGUUCUCGAAUGACCAAUUGGAUAGGCAUCCUCUCGCAAGGUAGUUAUUUUUGUUGAUUUAUGUGUAGUUUGGGGCCGCCUGAAAGUUUUCAUGCGGUCAUGUUCUUCUCUGCAGGUCCUUUUUUCUUUUCUCCCACACGAAUUUCUUUGUCAAAUAUGUUUAUUAAUGGCUAUAUGAGGUGGAUUUUUUUUAUCAGUGUCGGGCUUCUGAUCACUUAGUCUACUUCCAUAUGUAAAUUAUCUUCCUUGUAGUUUUUUGGAAUUUCUGUUCCCUCUUCAUGCUACGUGAAAUUGUUUUCUUUGUGAUCCUGUGCUUCAUCUUCUAGAAAUAGUAUCAUAUGCAUUUUUUUCUGAGGCUUGUUAUCACACACGGGGCAGGCCUGCUGCAAUAAUUAUCUUCUUCAGCCUGUUUUUUAAUUAAUCUUCAUCAGGGUUGCGGAUCGCUCCUCCAGAAGCACCUUCCACCGGUUACAUGUUCGGAAAAGGUGUUUACUUUGCUGAUAUGUUCUCAAAGAGCGCAAAUUACUGCUUUGCAACGCCCACAUUUAUAGAUGGUGUGCUGCUUUUGUGCGAGGUAUGCCCAUUGUGGUCAACCGCUAGUCUUACACGGCUGUUGUUGGCAUGGAGACUGCAAUACAUCCUGCAGCAGAAAACUCACUGCUUGCUACUUGAUUGCCGACUUAUUCGAUUUCCAGGUUGCUUUGGGCGACAUGGAGGAGAAACUCUCUGGUGAUUACAAUGCCGAUCAAUUGCCAGAGGGAAAAUCCAGGUUCUCCCUUUUAUCUCUGCUUAUCCCGUCUGUUUCACUCCUCCGUGGCUCUUUUUUCCAUUUCAUCGUUUCCCCUGGAGAGAGAUUUGGAAUCACAUGCGUAACUUCACAUGGGUUGACAUAUUUAUCAAAAGCACUAGAAGAAUCUGUGAGUGUUUCAAUGUAUGAAUAUCCCCGAUUUGCAUAUGGACGAGCAUAUUCUGCAGUCUGCCUACUGGUUUUGAAUUGCCCAAUGAAUAAACAGUAAUUGAUAUUUGGAAACUACUUGAGAUCCUAACAUCAACUGCACAACUUUGACGUUUUUCAGCACUAAAGGAGUUGGUGCUACGGAACCAGAUCCGUCAGAGUUUGAUGCGCUCCAUGACGGCGCCAUUGUCCCACUCGGCAGACCCAGAGAGAGCUCCGGCCCAAAGGUGGGGAACCCUGGCUUCUCUUCAGAACCCAAAGGUCUCUAGCUGGGUUUCUUCCAACCAUCUCAUCUCCUUUUUCUCAUAGCAGGGCAUUCUACAGUACAACGAAUACAUCGUUUACAAUGUGGACCAGAUUCUCAUGAGGUAUGUGGUUCACGUCAACUUCAGGUUCAAUGCAUGA